AUGUUGUACCAAAGCAUCUCACAUGCUAUUGCAUUAUACAAGCUUGAGCAGUCUACGAAGCAAUGCAAAGAGAUAUACACGGGCAAGCCUAAGCCGGAAAAGGUCACCUUGUUCUGGCACUUGAUAACCCUAUCGCGGUUCAACAAGUACAACCCUCUUUUCACUACUUUUGCUGGAGUCUGGUCGGUUUUGUUGGCUGGUGCUUCCGAGCUCGUCGAUCCCAAUAGCAAUAUUCAGCCUGCUUUCGUCUUCAGACAGGCCGCACUAUGUUUCAUCGCUGCGUACCUGUUUUGUGGCGCCGGUAUGGUUUGGAAUGACUGGGUGGACCGGGAUAUCGAUGCCAAGGUCACUCGAACUAAGAACCGUCCUCUGGCCGCGGGCAUCGUGACCACCACGGAUGCGAUGCUCUGGAUGGUGCUCCAGCUGCUCGUGUCUUUGUCCAUUGUCCACAAUAUGCUCAAUGGAAAGGAUGUAUUCCAACACAUGUUCCCAGUCAUCUUGGCUUCGGCUCUAUACCCGUAUGGCAAACGGCCUAUGGCUUUGAAGCUUCGCAUAUACCCGCAAUACAUCUUGGGGUUCACGAUUGCAUGGCCCGCAGUUCUGGGUCGAUCCGCGAUCCACGGUCGGUACGAGUCGAUUGGCGACAGCAUCGGUUAUUGUUUGCCGCUUUGUUUCAUGGUGUUCUUCUGGAUCAUCUACCUCAACACGGCCUACAGCUACCAAGACAUUGUCGAUGACCAGAAAAUCGACGUCAACUCAUUCUACACUGUUGGAGGGCGUCACUUCCAUCGGUUCCUUCUUGUUCUGGUCAGCCCAAUCGUCAUGUGCAUGCCUCUGUACCUUCUAAGGUUCGGGUCUCUAUGGCUCUGGUUCAGUUGGAUGGGAAUAUGGACUGCCUCCUUCGCAGCACAGCUGGCGCACUUCGACGCGGAUAAACCAUCGAGUGGAGGAGGUAUACAUAAGAGCAACUUCGUUCUUGGAGUGUGGACUAUUGCUGCUUGUGCAGUUCAGGUCCUUUUGAGCGAGCAGCGGUCUGUGAGAUUUUGA